CAAUAAGUCAAUGUCAAAAUUCAUAAAACUACUGUAGCGAGUAGCGACCGACGAAUGCUGAAAAUUAAAAAUAAGUGGAAAGGAUAAGACUAAAAUUUUCUUAUACACAUAUUUUUGAGAAAUAUUUUAUAAUGCAAUUCAAAAAUGUUACUCACGUAUUGUUCGACUUGGACGGAUUACUUCUCGAUUCAGAAAUCUUAUAUACAGAGGCCUUUACUGCUGUAUGCGCUAAAUAUGGCAAGAACUUCACCUGGGAAAUCAAAGCCAGCCUCCUGGGAUUCCAAGGUCAUGAAUGUGCUGAAAAAAUUAUAAAGACUUUGGAUUUACCUAUCACCAAGGAGGAAUUUAUGAAGGAGAGUUUCGAAUAUUAUGAGGUACUGUUCCCUAAAGUGCAGCUUAUGCCAGGCGCACAAAAGUUAGUUGAGCACUUGCACAAGAAAGGAGUACCUAUUGCUCUAGCUACCAGCUCUAGUAAGGAUAGCGUGGACAUGAAGAUGCAGAACCACAAAGAGUUCUUAGAACUAUUCCAUCACCUCACCAUGGGGUCAACUGACCCAGAAGUCACUAAGGGCAAGCCGGAUCCUGCUAUAUUCCUUGUCUGUGCUUCUCGUUUUCCUGAUAAGCCGAAACCAGAAGAUUGCCUUGUCUUCGAAGAUGCAGUGAAUGGAAUAAAAGCAGCAAAUGCAGCCAACAUGCAAGUUGUGGCCGUGCCUGAUCCUCGCAUAGACGCUGAUCAACUACAAACCGCUACAUUGGUCCUUAAAUCCCUUGAGGACUUUAAACCUGAGUUGUUCGGUCUUCCAGCUUAUGAUGAUUAGAAAAUCAUUGUUAUUAAGUAUUUGUUGGUGCUUGUAUUUAUAAAACUGUCAAUUGUCUAUCAUCACAUGAUCUGUACUUAUGUUAAAUCCACUACUUAAGUAGUACCUAUAUUAUAUUAUUUUUUUGGUGUUAAACAAAUGUUGUUUGAGAAACAUUUAAUGUUUUUCAAUUAAUUAUGUAAUAUAAGAUUAACAAUGUAAAUAUAAAGGCAGUAUUACACCAUAUUACAGUACCUGAGUGUGUUAACCAUUGACCUCUUAUAUCUAGUCAUAUUUAAAUAAAAAUACAAAACUUCACAGCACCA